GCUACAUAGUUAGCCACCUUGUUUAUUAUCACUCGUCUGAGAGAAAACAGUCCAAUAUCCCGCUGCUGUUAGAUGUCAAUGAGCUACAUUAUCUCACACACAGUUUCCAUUCAUUUCUAGUCAUUCUUUGCGUCAGUGAGGGAACCUGAAGCCGCAGUGGCGCUGUUCGGUCAACGAGCUAGAGGAAGCUAGCGCCACCGAGCCAAGAUGGAGGGUGCUGCUGCUUCUGUUGAGACCACCACAGAGGAGGAAGCUGGAAACAAUCCGCCCGAUGGACACCGAGCGUCGGAAAACGAUGUCCAACCCCCGACUGAGGACACAGCAGCUGACAGGGUGGGGGUUUUCUGCUGUCAGGAUUGUGAAGAAACCUUCAGAGAGGAGCCUGCCUACUUGGAGCAUCGCCAGCAGCACCUACAAGAAAACGCGUAUUUAGAUGACCAGUUGGAUGGAUUAAGCAAUGGAGAAAAAGACAAAGGAGAAGCUAAUUUUUGUACUUCAUGUUCACUGUCAUUUGUUGAACCGAGUGAAUUCGACUUGCACAUGGAGAAGAACCACGGACAAACCUCCCAAAAGGAGUCUGGUGUUCAGACAAUAUCUGGCGCAACGAAGCAACAAGCCUUUGAAUGUCCAGACUGUGGGAAAUGUUAUACGUGGCGUGGACACUUUCUUAACCAUCAGCGUACACACUUACUAGCCUCCAAAUCCGUUUUUUGUGAGCUUGAAGAGUUGAAAAAGAAAUUUAAGUGUGAGACUUGUGGUCGGAAUUAUUCCCGUGCUUCAGCUCUCGAUGCACAUCGUCGUUGUCAUGAGGAAAAGUUAGUCAAGUCAGGAAACAGGAAGUCAGGAGAUUCAUUACCCAAUGAGGAGUCGAAAGUUGAAGCCAAGCCUCCUAAAAAUAAGGCAGACGAUGCCCCUAAAAAAACUUUUCAGUGUCUUUGUGGUAAAGCAUUUCCGGCUCUGUCGCGCAUGAAGGCUCAUCAGCGAUUUAGCCGCAAUAGUCUAUGCUCCACAGAGGAAGUCAAGCCGAAACCAAAGAAGAUCUUAGGUGAGUUUCAUUGCACUAGGUGUGAAAAGACUUUCAAUAGCCACGUCGCCCUCUUCAACCAUCAGCGAUGGCAUGACAAUCGAUCAAAAGACUGCGCAAAUAGGUUUUCAUGUGAGCAAUGUGGAAAAGACUUUAUGUCACUGACGUUCUACUAUAGGCAUCAACGUUUGGCGCACAGUGACCAGGCCCCGGCAAAGUCAUUCCUCCAUCAAGUUUGUCAGCUACAGAAGAAGGCAUUUGAAUGUAAGGAAUGUGGGCUAAAGUUUUCCAGGGCUUCAGCACUUCAGUCUCAUCAGCUCCACCACACAGAGGUUUUUAGACAAACAGAGACGGGGAUCACUAUACAGACUUCUCCCCCAUCUCAACAUAAAGAACUGGAAAGUGAAGAAAAAGACACUGAGAACAUGGAGGUAAACGUGGAAUCAGAGAGGCUGCUUCCCACCAGUAUUGCUGCAGAAGACUCUGAAAGAAAUGAGAGUGAUGAAAGAAAUGAGAGUGAUGAAGACAUGGAGAGUUAUGAGCCUGGGGACUUUAAUGUUCAGGUGAUCAGUGCAAGUGAAUCUGAGGACGAGUCUGUUGAAGACCACAAUCCCGAUCUGGAGCUGCUGUGUGAAUCGGAUCAGGAAUCAACAGAUGACGGUGACCCAGAACCUUCCUCCAGUGGUCUCGUUUCCACACCGGAAAUGGACUUGAAAAUUGUACAGGUCGACUUGAAGCAGGCAGAGGAGCAGAGUGCACUGGUAGCGGGCAUGGCCGAGAAUGACCCCACAAAGAAAAGAUUUAGUUGUCCAGAAUGUUACCGUUGGUUUGCUAGUGCUUCAUCACUGCGCGUUCACAGAAUGUGGCAUGGCAUUCAUAAAAGACGCCAACCUCAAGGUCAGUCAGCGGCAGUUUGCACAUCUGACACAUGCGGCCAUGACGGCAGCAGCUACGCAGCACACUGCAGUCACACACAACACAAGAUACAAAACACAAGCAACAUUGAAUUGGAUCAGGGAGAAGGGUUAGAGAACACAAACCUGACUUGCAAUGAGUGUGGUAAAUGCUUCUCACAUUUGUCUGCUUUAGUCUCUCAUCAGUUAAAUCAUCCCAAAAGAAAACAAUUCCAAUGUCCAGAGUGUAUGAUGACUUACUUGCAUGCAGCUAGCUUGUUAAACCAUAUGAAAAACUGCUCCACUCAAAAGAAAGAGAAUACAAAGAAAGAAUACAAUCCAAAGAAGACUCUUCUAGGCCCAAAGAUGUAUCAUUGCGAGCAGUGUGGGAAGGGUUUUUGGUCCUUGGGAGCUUAUUCACACCACAAGCAAAAUCAGACAGAUUGUGCAGAAUUGAGGCAAAGAAAAGGUGACGGGGGAUCUUCGCGCUCUUUUAAUGGCCGCCCACGCUCUAGUGUUAAGGUUGCAUGUCCAGUAUGUGGUAGGAAGUUUCGUCACAAGGGCAUUAUGGCGUUGCACAUGCGAAAACAUGAAAAUGGAAAUCAUAAAUGUGAACUCUGCAGCAGGUCGUUUCGUCUUUUUUCCAGCCUCCUCAGACACCAGGUUGUGCAUAAUGACCAGUUACUCCCACCACCUAUUAAGUCUUUUCAGCAUCAGGUGGAGCAGUUGAAAAAAAACACAUACAGCUGUCCUGACUGUGGGAAGCUGUUUUCGAGAGCGAAAGCGCUUCAGUUCCAUAUGAAAAGCCACGGGUACGAGACUGGGCACUCCCAGCCGUCACCCAGAUCUAACGUAAAGCUGGAAGAUCUCCAGUGUCCAACAUGCCUCGCACAUUUCAACAGCAAGGCCUCGUUACGAGCUCAUAAAAAACUUUGCAUUAAAAGGGACAGUGGAGCAAUUGAUUGUAAGAUAGAGCCCUUAGAAAAUGUUUAUACUCGCAAGGAUAGUCUGGAUGUCGGCACUCAGAAAAUCUCUGAUCCUGCCACAUUUAUUUCUGAAGUAAAGAAAGAAAUGGACAGUGGAGAGCGAAAGAUGGAAGAUCCUAUCGGAAAAACUGAUCUGAAAUACAAAUGCAAUAAAUGUGACAGAAGCUUUUCUGUGGUUGGGGCUUUGAAUCUUCAUAAAAGAAUUCAUGCUGAUGGUUACAGAAGGGUAGCAAAAGCUAAAUUGGCCAUACAUGCGAAACCUAAAAAGGAAGAGGCCGGUAAAGGGCUGUUUCACUGCUCAGAAUGUGGGAGGCGCUUCAUGUCUAACUCUGCCCUCUGCGCCCACAAACGGUGGCACAAAGGAAAGCUAUUUUCACUGUCUUUGCUCAAAGAGGAUGAAUUGAAGUCUGUUAGGUUAAAGGCAGAGGAGGGACCUUUUCAGUGCAACAUGUGUGGCAAACAGUUUUUUAACCGCUUUGUUCUCCAGCGCCACCAAAUGUUUAAUCCUCUGUGUCGAACCAAAUUUCAACCACAGCCCGAUUCCAGUAAAAAUGCAGAGAGCAGCAGCUCACUGGGAAAGUUCUCAUGUCCUGAAUGUAACAAGACAUUUGUGCAAGGUUCGCUCCUGGCUGCCCACUAUGAAAACGAGCACAGUAAAUUCUGUGAGGCUGCAGAUCCUGAAGGAGACGGAGUUGUCUUAGUAGACUGCGUUCCAGCACAGGUAGAUGACAGUUGCAAUGGGAGUGAGUUCACACCAUCGACAACAAAGGGAAAAACUUACCAGUGUUCAAUCUGUUCUAUGACCUUUGCCAAAGCAAGAGGUCUGCAUGCCCACAAAAGUCAGGCCCACUUAAAGAGAACAAAAGGCAAACAUACAUUUCCUUUGAGUACAAAAAUGGAUUCCAUUGCUACGAGCAGUGAAGAAGAUUCAUCAUCUGUAGACAACAGUACAGUAGUGAGCAGUCAUUAUCCUGCAAAGAAAAAUAGCCCUGUUGGCCCAGAAAAGAAGAUCAUCAUAUCUGCCUCUUCACCUGUGAAAUCUGUCACAUGUCUGGACUGUGGGAAAGAGUGCAGAUCUGCACACCAUAAGAAAGAAUGCAUGGAUGUUGAGCCUGAGUUUAAAUCAGAAGUCCAGACUCCAGAAUCCACCGCUGACAUUUCCUCCCCACCUGGGCCUCUGUUUGAGCAAUCAGUGAAAUGCCUCUUCAAGUGCGAUAAGUGUGGGAAAGCUUUUCAGACAGUGGAACAGCUAAGAACCCAUAAAACCAAGGCAAAGAGUCGGCCUUUUUGCUGCGCUCUGUGCUGCCAUGCCUUUUGGACUGAGAAUCAGCUGCAGCAGCACCUCACCUGGCACGAUGAAGUCCGCUGCCGUCUCCCAAACGAGGUCCGCUACAGGCUCAGCGCUGCUAUCACCCCCAAUCCUCUAAAAGCCAACAAGUCCCUCCCUUCUUCUACACUGAACCAACCUACGAUAAACCCAGACAUCCAGUCGCAAAGUAGCCAUAAGUGCCAACACUGUGGGAAAGCCUUUCUUUCACCAGCUGCAUUACAAAAACAUGAGACUCAGCACUGUAACAGUGACUCUUAUCAUUGCUCCAUUUGCCCCAGGACCUUCAGUGCAAUACAGGACCUUAUUGAUCAUCACCAGGAAUGUAUCGGGGAUUACAUAGGGCAGAGUGAAGCCCCCGCUGCGGUCUCAUCAGGAGAUACCCAUGGUCUUACUUGUCUGGAAUGUGGAACUACUUUUAGUCAAGAAACUGAUUUGCACCAGCACUGUAGUGAACAUACCUGUGGAGUGUAUUAGAUUAGACAAAUGGAAAAGAUCUGAAUUGACGACACUAGAUUGUAGAUAUUUGUUUUUCUUCAGAUAUAAUUAUUUGUUGGACCUUUAGUGUAGCUAAAGUAGAUGUGUUUUCUCUAUUUGUUCAGAUCUUAUUUGAAAUUCUUUGUAUUUAAAAAAGCAGCUGCUUAGGUUAUUUUCUUCUCUGGAUUUCUCCACUAGACUAGUAUUUUAAAUGUAAAAAAAAACCUCACUUACAUUGCAAUUGUGUUUAUGUAUUUUUGAGCCACCUGAUGCUGAAGUUCCUAACUAGAUAAAUUUGAAGAAGAAAAAAAAUUAAGAGAUUUCUGCAUGUACUUUUCUGUCUUCUUGCAUUUAAGAUUCACAGAAAAAAGAAAAAUGCUGUUGACGCACUAUUUACUGCAAAUUUCUCGUACUUUGCUGCUGUCAUUUCAACACCUGAGGUUUUGCUAUUUGCAAAUGUCAGAUAAAGAAAAGAAUAACAUAAAAAAAAUCAAUGUGCAACGUUUACUUGAAUCAUGUUAAAGAUGUUCUGAUGUUGGACAUUACAGCCAGUUACUGCCGUAAAACGUCAUGUUCAAUACAGUUUGCAUUAAUCGAUUCAUUUUUUUGCUCGUCAGUGUUUCUAUUUUGUGGAAAGACUAUUCAUUAAACUACAGUAGUGCUUUUGUCGAUGUAGGAUAGUUGUUUGUUCACUGUAGCAUUUGUGUCGUGGCAAAACUAUUUGUAUUGUACAAGAGACGUUGCUUUGCUAUAUUAACUUAUGAAAAUGUAGAUGACAGUAUACUCUUCGACUCCUUGUCCUGCCAUUUCUGAAACUAGGAAGAAAAAGAUCUCUGAAAAGUCACAAAAUAAAUUAAUCGAUAUUU